AUGUCAAACGAAAUGGAAGUCGACCCGCCCAUUGCCCAAGAUGAGGUGCCCGAGCAGCAGGAGCAGGAACAGGAGCCAGAGCAGGAGCAGAACCGUGGCUUCGAGCCUCACACCCAGUCCGGCGCCGUGGCUGUGCGCAGCAUUGAAGGAUGGAUUGUCAUUGUCUCCAAUAUCCACGAAGAAGCUUCAGAAGAGGAUAUCACCGACCUUUUUGCAGAGCAUGGCGAGAUUAAGAACUUCAACUUGAACCUUGACCGACGGACAGGUUAUGUCAAGGGAUACGCAUUGAUUGAAUACUCGACCCUCCCCGAAGCCACCGAGGCUAUCAAGAACCUGAACGGCACCAAGCUCCUUGAACAGACCAUCUCGGUGGACUACGCCUUUGUCCGCCCACCCCCAGCUAGCAAGGGAGGAGCUAAAGGAGCGGCCAAGGGAACUCGCAACGCCCGCGGUCGUAGCCGCAGUCCAAACCGAAGCCGCAGCCCGGAGGCUGACCGCAACUAA